AAUUCGAUCUUUUUGUGCUGAACGCUCUCGACUGCAAGCCGAACUCGACAAUCCAACAUCGACCUUGAGCAAGCGACCAGCGACAACCGCCACGAUGUUGAUCCCCAAGGCCGACCGCAAGAAGAUCCACGAGUACCUCUUCCGUGAGGGUGUCCUCGUCGCGAAGAAGGACUUCAACCUCCCCAAGCACCCCGACAUCGACACCAAGAACCUCUUCGUCGUCAAGGCCCUGCAGUCCCUCAACUCCCGCGGCUAUGUCAAGACCCAGUUCUCGUGGCAAUACUACUACUACACCCUGACCCCCGAGGGUCUUGACUACCUCCGCGAGUGGCUUCACCUUCCCGCCGAGAUCGUCCCCGCCACCCACAUCAAGCAGCAGCGCUCCCACGCUCCUCCCCGCGGCAUGCUCGGCGAGGGCGAGCGCGAGAGAAGACCUUUCGGCGGCCGUGGCCGUGGUGGUGACCGUGGUGACCGUGAGGGUGGCUACCGCCGCCGUGACGCUGGCGAGGGCGGCAAGGAGGGUGGUGCGCCUGGUGGAUUCGAGCCCCAAUUCCGUGGUGGCUUUGGCCGUGGCCGUGGUGCCGCUCCCCCUUCGUAAGAGGGUUCUUUCCUAUCGGCUUUUACUCUCGAGACGCAUUGGCAGAAACAAAAAGGCACCGACAUGUACUCUAAAAAGUGGAUGGCCGGAUCAGUCGCGCGUCUGUUAACGUCACAGACUACGGGGGAAACAUCGUGGGAGUUUGGAGGUUAGAUCCUCGGAAAUCGUUUGCAUCAAAAGGUCAUGAAUUGCAGCAUGCAGCUUGCGCUGCUUCCUCCAAACUGUGAUACGUCCUUUUUUUGUCUUUCUCUUCUCUACCACGCUGUGAUGAGCAAGCAGUGUCUGCCGGCUACCGCGUGUGGGUGGUGCUCACGUCUCGAGAGGUCGCUUUCAAGACUCUCCUACAUGUCGAGUGCAACAGAAGAAAGAAAAAAGGAAACGAAGAUGUUCGCGGUUGUAUUUUCGCGGAACGUCGAAGAUGGACGAGGAAGGGUCCGUCUAUGAAGGAAUGUUGAGAGCCUGGGGUCAAGCGCCGACGCACGUAGGACAGCUUCAGCAGGCUUCGCAUGAAUAACGUAUGGUUCCAGACUCCCGUAUCUUAUGUGUUUGUGUAUGUGUGUGUACAUGUUCAAGCGUACAUCCCAGUAAUUGCGCCUGUAUGUAAACCACAUCCCCUGUGCGAAGAAGAACCAAUACGGAACAUGCGCGGUGGUCUUGAAUCUUGUCCAGAGCGAC